UGAGAACGAGAACGCGUCUCCACAGAGUCACAAACUGAGUCCUUGAGUCACGCGAGGCCUCCAGCGAGAGUCCGCGAUGCUAUCAACCUUCAGUCGGACCCUCGAUUCAGCCAAGGGACGGGUCUUCGAAAACAACGACAACAACAAUAGUCCGCCUGUCCGGUGACGAUACCAUGGCUGAACCAGAGCAACCUCCACAGUUGCCUGAGGCGCCCUUUCCUGCUCCACCUCCGUUCUGGAAACACUUUACUCUUGCCAACGAGGAAAAGCUGAAGCAGAUCGACCAGUCUGGGAACUCAGACGCGAAACUCCCCCUUCCGCUCGCAUACCUGCGACCUCCACCGCCGCCUGCUGCCUCCGCCGAAACAUAUACGACCUUUGGCCAGGACCAGGUCAUAGACCCCUCGCAGCUCUCCUCCCUCCCCCUUGACCAACUACUCUUCGACCCCAACGACCCCCAUCUUGACCACGCCUUCCUGCUACGGAAACUGAAUAAAUCUAUCCUUCUCAAUUUUCUAGAAUUGACCUCGACUCUUGCGUUAGACCCCUCCCAACACGCCGAUAAGAUGGACGAUAUCAGGCGGCUGUUCCUAAAUGUCCACGUGGUAAUCAACAUGUACCGGCCUCAUCAGUCUCGAGAAAGCACCAAGGAUCUCCUGCAGGAAAUCUUGGAGGACGGUCAACGAGAGAUCGACGAAUGCGAAGCCAUGAAGGGCAGAAUACAAACAUUCCUAGACCAGGUGGCCACUCUUCCGUCAGCUGAUGUUGCAACAAGUGACAGUACUCGAACCGAUACCGUGAAGCCGUUGGGUGACAAGGAAGACAAGAUCACCCUACAGCAAAAAUUAUGGGAAGACAUCAAGAACAUAUGAUUUGAAUUUUAACCUGAUCGUGCGGCUCGACCGCCUGACCAGCUAACGCGAUAUACCCGGUGGUUCAUCCGCUCUCGGGUGGAUUGUAUGGGUUCAUGUCUGCCAUAUUCCACCGAGCUUCAUCGUCGAUGAUUAUACAUGGAUCUCCGCAGCCGCACCACUGGCAAUCUGAUCUUUGUAGGGAGCCAACGCUGGUUCGACUUCCUCCGCGACAAACUCGUCCACCUGUUCAGCAGAUCUUCCGGUGAACUUGGCAGGGUUGAGGAUGUCUUCCUCGGUCAACUCAUUCCAGAUCGGCUCAAAGAACUUUUCUUUCCGCACACGAUCCACCAGAUCAUUUUGCUUGCCUUCUUGCUUGACAACCGCUCCAGCUUGAUGCGACAAGACCCGGAUUUGUUCGUGGGCCUCUUGCCGACUUGCGCCUUUCUCGGUCAAACGCAUAAUCAUGGUCUCUGUGGCCAUGAAAGGCAAUUCUUGCUGCAGUCGACUGUUGAUGACGGCAGGGUAGACCACCAAGCCAGAAGAAACGUUUUCGAGGAGGAUUAGGAGGGCAUCUGCAAUGAGGAACAUCUCGGGGAUAUCAAUUCGUCGAAUCGCAGAGUCGUCCAGAGAGCGUUCAAACCACUGGUGAGCAUAUGUAGCUCCAAAUCCGAGGGGGAGGAAAGUGAGUUUUCGGCCAAGAGAGCACAUUCGCUCCGACCUCAUGGGGUUGCGUUUGUAAGCCAUGGCGGAUGAGCCGAUCUGAUCCUUCUCAAAAGGUUCUUCGAGUUCUUUCAGCAUGGCCAGAUGACGAAUGUCUCCUCCGAUAUGCUCAAUUGUAGUACCAAAAGAAGCCAGAGCAUUGGCAACAUCAAAAUCAACUUUGCGAUUGUAAGUUUGUACCGAGACAAUGGUUCGUUUUUCGAA